CCCAACUCUUUCCUCAAAUCUUUUCCCAAAUUUUCAAUCUUCCCCGCCCUAGUCUCAUCCCCUGUCCCUUGCCUUGCCUUGCCUUGCCUUUACAUCCCCACUCUUCCUGGCCCCUCUCUGCUUAUCUUUCCCUUCCUUAGAUCUGCUCUUAAUCAAAUCAAAAGAAAUCUAAUUUUAUGAUUUAAGGAAAAAAGGCUUCUAUUUGGGUCCUUGAAGAAGGCAGGAGGCGGGGAGGACACGAGGAAGAAGGGUCGGAUGGCAGCACUGGAAACAGCAUCAACGAAGCAUCAGCUAUGGCGGGGACGAGAAGGGGAAUUUUGAAUAUUUAAGGUGGGUGUAUCAUAUAGGAGUCAACCAGCGUGUCGCAGGGCAAAAGUGAAGGGUGUCAUUUUGCAGGAUAGUGAAAAUGACAAAGAUGGCUAGAAGACAAGACAGUCACAAAAUGGGUACUAGUUGUGUUGCUCCAAAUUAUAUGGCGCUGCAGUGUGACAUUAAGGAGAGGAUGAGAGGUAUCCUUAUUGACUGGCUGAUAGAGGUUCACUACAAGUUUGAACUGAUGGAGGAGACCUUAUAUCUGACAGUAAAUCUAAUCGAUAGAUUUUUAGCAAUUCAACAAGUAGUGAGAAAGAAACUUCAGCUGGUUGGAGUAACAGCCAUGCUUCUUGCUUGCAAAUAUGAAGAAGUUUCUGUUCCUGUUGUAGAGGAUCUGAUUCUGAUUUCUGACAAGGCCUACAGCAGGAAAGAAGUGCUUGAUAUGGAGAAAUUGAUGAUCAAUACCUUACAAUUCAAUCUAUCUUUUCCUACACCGUAUGUGUUUAUGAGGAGAUUUCUCAAAGACGCUCAAUCUAACAAGAGGGUUUUUUACAACAAAACAUUGCCAUCUUGUAUUUAUUAUCCUGCAAUAUUGUUAAAUGAAUCUGAGAUGACGUUAAUUGUGAUCUUAAACCAGCUUGAGCUUUUGUCAUUCUUCAUGAUCGAGCUUUGCCUAGUUGAAUAUGAAAUUCAUUUCCUACGAAAUUAUUUUCAACGGAAAUUUUCGUUGGGAAAAAAAUUUUAA